CGUCAUCGCUUGCUACCUGCCAGCUGCCCUCGAGCUAACUGCCCGCAAAAUGAACCAACUCGUGUUUGCCGUUCUUGCCCUCGCUGUGCUCUCCAUGAGCGCCCAAGCUUCCUUCUAUGGUGGUCUUGGUUUUGGAGGACUCGGUGGGCUUGGAUAUGGUGGGCUUGGAUUCGGUGGGCUUGGAUUCGGUGGGUUUGGAUACGGCGGUCUUGGAUACGGCGGUCUUGGAGGUUGGGGACUGGGCAGACUCGGAUGGGGAGGUCUUGGAUACGGAUAUGGUCUCCCAUUUUCCAUGCCCAACACCAAACGUACCGAUUAUUCCCCCGUAGAGACCACCGUAUCCAAGACCGCCCAAUCCACCGAGUCCUCCGAAUCCACCGCCGAAUCCACCAAUACCGCCGAAUCCACCAAUACCGCCGAAUCCACCAAUACCGCCGAAUCCGCCGAUUCCACCGAAUCCACCAAUACCACCGAAUCCACCGCCGAAUCCACCGAGUCCACCGAAUCCAAGACCUCCGUAUCCAAGUCCACCAAGUCCACCAAGACCACCAAGACCUCCAUAGAAGCUGGCUUGGGCGUUCAUGGCAAGAACGGCGAGGGCGAGAACGGCGAAUACGAUUUUGUUCAUGACCACAAAGAUGGCUUCAAUUGGAGAAAAUGGCACAAGACAAAGGACUCUGGAGAUCUUUGGUUGGCGGCCCAUACCCCAACAGGGAUGAAGGGCAGCGAUGAUACCAUGAACAAAAUCGUAUUCGCCGUUCUCGCCCUCGCCGUUCUUGCCAUGAACGCCCAAGCCAGCUUCUAUGGUGGUCUUGGUGGUCUUGGUGGACUUGGUGGACUUGGAUACGGAGGUCUUGGAUUCGGUGGAAUCGGCGGUGGAUUCGGUGGUAUCGGUGGAUUCGGCGGUAUCGGUGGAUUCGGUGGAAUCGGCGGUGGAUUCGGCGGUAUUGGCGGAUUCGGCGGUAUUGGUGGAUUUGGCGGUGGAUUCGGUGGAAUCGGCGGAUUCGGUGGAAUCGGUGGAUUCGGCGGUCUUGGUGGAUUCGGCGGUCUUGGCGGCUAUGGCAGACUUGGAUUAAUCGGUAAAGGCCUUUACUACUAAAGUGCUUGACCCUAACGUCUGCUUACUGAUGGAACUCCUUGAAGAAAGAGCCGUCUGUUUGUCUAAAUCAUUGCGCAAUAAAUAUUUACAAAAUUA